ACAGGAAGCAUGUGUGACAAAGGGAGGUUUCCUCCUGCUCGCUCUCUAGUCUUGCUGGCUUGCUUUUUUCUUCUUCCCUAACUCAGAUGGUAGAGAAGGUGGCAACACAGCUCGAGAACUAUCUGUGGUAGGAAAUACAGAAUUCACCAACUGUGCAGUUUGGGCAGCUGGUGUUAGCAUGGCUGGAGCGUCCUUAAUUUGUCCUGGGACAGUGAGCCGGGUGAGCUCCGUCCUCAACCGAGAGGCGAAACAGUUUGGGAAAAAAUAUAUGUUUGACGGCAACGAGGAGACCUGCUGGAACUCCGAUCAGGGUUCCACCCAGUGGUUGACCCUGGAGUUUCCACAGCCCGUCCAGGUGUCUCGAAUCCAGAUCCAGUUCCAAGGGGGUUUCUCCAGCCGGAAGUGUGUAGUUCAAGGUGGCAGGAAAGGAGAAGGCCUUCUUCCGGUGGCUGAAUUCUAUCCCGAAGACACAAAUUCUCUCCAAACCUUUCCUCUUGGAGAGGUACAGCUUGAGAAGCUGAAGAUCACCUUCGAAAACAGUACUGAUUUCUUUGGGCGCAUUGUGAUCUAUCAGCUUGAUGUUCUUGGGGAGAAACUUUAAUCCAGGAAGGUUUAAAAUCCAGUGGCUGAUAGUUCCACCAGCCCUGUGUUGAAUUUUGAUGGAUUAAUCUCCAGGCAUUUCUAAGGCCUUUUUGGUUCUGCGCAUGUCCUGAUGGGUUCCAAGAGCCGUACAAGAAGAGGAACAAGGAGAUAAGGAAAGAUGAAACAAGACAUGGAGGA